AGAGUCAGCACUUCAGGAUGUACCUCCGUCAGUGCUGAUCACUUCGGUGCGAGUCAGUCGAUGUCGUGUAAUGGAAUUACUCUACUCGUUACUCUAUUUUUAAUUAAACAUUCGUCUUAAGGGUCAGUGCUUAUUGAAGUUGAGGGUCACCCGCUAAAAAUGGACUUCAGGGCGACGAGAUCAGACGCAAAUGUUCUGAGUGCAGCUGGUACUCCUCGUUGAUAUGCGUUAUCUAGGAAAAACUCGUCCUUGAGGAUAUUCUUAUCGGUCAGGAAUGUGUACAGCCGAAAUAUUCCGAAGGUCGAGGGUAUUAGAUUUUAAUUGGAAAUCAGGUUAAUGAAAAAUCGACGUUCAAGUAAGAGCAAUUUUAUUCUGCGAUUAUGUGUUCACACUUUGGGAGCAGUCGUCGAACUGACAAACGACCUUGAGAUCUCAAAAACCAAAGCAUCGGGAUCGGGUUUCUUUCUUUCCAUGAACAGAGAUUGUUUUAUAUUAUUUACUAAACAUUCAUCGGAGUUUUCGUCGUAAUACCACAGACGGCCUCUCCAAGAAACGAUGACCUCAUAGUAUAAUGAAUAUAAACUUAGAUAAGUCUGUAAUUUGAUCUAUUGGAUUAUGGAGAGGGAUUGUCUCAAUGAUAUGAAAACGAUUUAACUAUCAACUUUAAUUCUUUAUUAUCGCACGCAGAAGGUGUAUAUUUUUCGUAUGACGUCUCCAGAUCAACUCUCUUAGUUACCAAGAAGUUCACACCCUAGACCCAUUUGACAAAAGGCCCUUGUUCAUUCAUUCCUGUUUCUUCUCUGGUUCUAUUUACUAAAACCAUUCUAAACAUUUCGGUACUGUUUGGAGAAAAACUAUAAAAACUAUAACAUAUUCAGAUGGACAGAGAACAGGGUAUUCUAAACAGGGUGAACUGUAUUUUCAAUUUGUCGCACUUCAAGAUUCAUUCAGUAUGAUAAUUACAGCUGAUCACUCCAUAAUUUUAGUGAAUGUUCAUAUGUUACUUCGUCUAACCUUCUCUAGAUAACUUUAAUUAAUUAAUCAAUUAAUUAAAGUGUGAUCUAUAGACAGACGAUUCAUUUUUGUCAAGACAUAUCAAGCACUCUCAACAUCAUCCUAUUGUUUUUGCUCUUUUCAAUAGAAGGGAUAACUCUCCUGACUCACAGAAAACAAUUUUGGGUUUAACGAGUUCCUCAUAUCACUCAGAAAAUUAACUAACGACGUAAGAAAAUGAAUUUAAAUGAAUUUCCCGGGAAGUGUCCGAAAACGUAUCCGUUUAAUACCCCGACUGCCAAAAGACUGUUCCUCCACCUGUUCCAGGUCCUUAAAAUCCACCUAAACAUUGCUGCGGUCCAUAUCCUAAAUUUUCCGAAUGACCAGGGCUGGCGCCCCGUGAAACUCAGGCUUAAAAAGGGCCCGUGCGCGCGCCGCGCGCAUGCCCGGUUGCCGCUAGGCCCGAACAGGCGUCUCUAACACGGACUUUUGAAUUUUAUGAACAGUCGUAGUGCGGACACCGUUGGUGCCGGAUAGGAUAACUUUUCCGAGAUAAAUAUUGAAAAGAAUUACAACUACUGAGAACAACGAAACGUUUAUACCCACCCCCUUCCCCCUAGUGUUGUCUGUCUCACUCUUUUCAAAUCUGAAGACAUGGCUCCGAAGGGGACAUACAACAAGUCAUUGAAUUUGUGGUUGGGAGUAGUUCGACGAGUGAAACGAAAAGUUUUUUUGGAUACCGCAAUUAACAAAGUAAGAAAGAAUUUAGCUCGUAAGAUAUCUCACAGACAAGUCCGGCAAUGUGUGCGUCAGCUAUCGACACGUCCUAUGGUUGUUUUAGAGAAACUGUCGAUCGAGAAAUAUUCAAAUUCUCGGACUUCUGAGAAAAUGGCGGACAAUGGAAAUUUGAGGGGUAGAUCACCAGUAGUUAACACGGAUAUACCAUCGAAAUCUGUGUCUAAAAUAUCUUCAGAAGUGCAAAAACCCGAACUUAGUGAAAAUAAAAUGGCGAAUAAGGUGGACAACAUGGCGGCGACUGUGUCGGAAUGGUCACCCCAGAGGAUAACAUUACCGAGGGUGAAAAAAGGCUCAAACGAUUCUCAAAGGGCUAUGCAAAUCUCUGGGCAAAUGAAUAAAUCAGAGAACAAAAUGGCGGAAAAUAAUAAGAUGUCGAUUAGACCGAGUGGUACUAAAGCGAAUAUGUCGACCGUUUGCGACGGGAUUUACAGAGAUAAAAAAUGGACGACAAAAAAUCACAAGAUGGCCGAGACACGUGACAAAAUGGCCGACAGGACUGACAGACGUGAUGGAAGAAAAAGGGGGAAACCAAUUGCGGAAACUCGAACUGGGGGUGAAUUUCGUCUGUUGUCUGUGGAAUUUGGACAGCCACAUACGAAAGAGCAGAUCUACAGGAGAAAAUUGAGGAAAGCGAUGUGGCCAAAGCCAAAAUGGGCACUAUCGUCACAGAUUCCGUUUCACCUGGAUCCACGACGGCUCGUGCAGCUUAAAAGGGAGUGCUUGGAGGAGCUGUUGGAGAAGACACCUGUUAUCAAUGGGGAUGAGGCGACUGUCAAGACGAUUCUCCAGGAGGAACGUCUGGUCUCGGUGCUCGGUGGGGCUGCGGUGGAGAAGAUAGAGAGGGAACUAAGAACCGAUUGCAAUGAUGAUGACACUACGGGCGAAAAUGUCGUCUCCAGUUCGGAUUCCAGUCACUCAAGCGAUCCAUGGGACAGAUGUGGUUCAGAAGUAGACGAAGGAAUCACCUCAUCACAGUCAACCUCUUUGUGCUCCCUGUUUCACACCCCGGACACAACAGUCAUGUCAUCGAAGCGAGUCCCUGAGAUUAUUACAGACGAGAAUAGAGGGUCGACGAGUGAUAGACCUCCCAAGCCAAUAAAUUUGAAUCGUAAACCCUUGCGACCACUAGUAGAGUCAGCCAGCAUCGGAAGCUGUUCCUCGGCCCCAUCAACAUCCUUCGCCGCCGAUAAACUCCGGAUUAACAGUGGUGGCAACGUAGAUCGUCGGAAAAAACAUCCAACGUUGGAAAAACAGCGAAAAUUUUUGGCACAAGGAAAUCAUUCAAGAAAGGUCGUUUUGAAUCCCCCGUCCUCCGCACCCUCGGAUUCUUCCGUGAGUCCUGCCAAAGAUUCUACACCUCGAAGAAGACCAGAUGCCUCGAAAAAAGUUGAACAGAAAUCGGUGCCUGCGAAAUCCUCGAUGUCCAGAGUCCACCUGUCGAGCCAAGGUCGUUCUGCGGCCAAGAAGGACGUGCUGGCGGUACCGGGCGGCAGUCGGCUAUCCAAAACUCUUCCUAAUCCCCCGAAAUACAAUAAAAACACCGGUACAUGGGAGAGCUCCGUUUCUAACCCCACGAAAUCCGAUAAAUCCUCCGGAGCAUCGGGGAGCUCCUCCACGUCUCAUGACAAUACCUCAAAGUCCCACAAAUCUGGAUCAAGACAUCAUUCACAAACAUCUUCGAGGAAGCGUCACCGCCCAGACGAGCGUCCCCCGCCAAAAUUCGAUUUAACGAUUAAAAAACUGAAGAAAAUCGACGCUUUAUUCUCAUCUUCCACCAGCGAUGACGACUUAACCCCCGGGGGAUCCUCCGAAAGCCCCUCCAAACUCCACAAAAGGUCCUCAACAUCACCCCCGAAGUAUCCAAAAUCGUCAAUAAAACAACCGAACAUCUCCGAGGAAUCAAAACCUCCGGAGCCCUCGAAGCCGGAUCCAGGUCCAAAGAAACCAACGUACAUUGGCACCACGAAGAAGCCGAGAAUCUCUCAUUUUAAUUCAAACGGUUUCACCGGGGAAGCUUCCUCAAACAUUUCAAAUACACUCCAGGAGAAGCUCGAUCGUGUGAAAUCGAAGUCUGCGCCAAAGACAUCAAGGAAACAGUCAAACGGCAUUCGACAGAAUAUAAUGAAACUGUGCGGGGAAACGAGGACAGAAAUUAUUAAAAUUCCUAGUGACAGCCAGAGCCCUUUUCAACACCGAGUCCAGAAACGAGUUUUGGAGCCCGAGACCUCACAAACUGCUGAGAGACCCUCAAACACCGCUCAAGACGAGGGGCUCAACUGUGAGGAGGAGAUAGCGAAGAUUCGGCUGGCGGUGGACUCGGACUCGAAGAAGUCGGCCCCUGGACCGAACGGUGGUGAUUACCUCCAACGAAAACGCCUCAGACUCGCGAAGGAGAAUGUAGAGCUCGAGAGAAAGCUCGUAUCCGAAAUUCCUAAGCCACCGUCGGCUGUGAUACCAAAAAAUCGGUCACCAGUCCCACCCAAACCUACACCCCAACCUCUCCCAAACCCAGAGCAGUUGAAUGCCGGCAUUCCCAUUGACGAGAAGAUCUUCGAGGAACUGCAGGACGAGCCAGUUCCCCUGAUCGAGGCUGUCGAGAGAGCGUUGGAGGGGUCACAGAAGACAAAAAAAAAGCCACGGAUUGGGGAGAACGUUGAGAAGCCGUCACAGAUACGUAUGCCUGUGGACAUUGAUAAAUCCGAGGGAUCUCAUGACGUGAAUUCAUCCUCCAGUACCGUCACACUUCUCCUGGACGAGGAUUCCGACAGCCCCGGACGACUUCAAAUCGAUGAAAAGUCCUCGAGUAGCGAAAGAAGCUCUUCACCACGUCUGAUGGUGGAGAUCUCUGACGAAAUUGGGAAUGAGAAGAAGAUGAAUCUGGAGGUGUUACCUGAGCAGACCUUCCUCAACGUUUCUCAAGACAACGGGACACCCUCCAUUCCCGAGACUUUGAUGAAAGACAAAGAGCACUCUGGUGAACCUCUUGAGACGCCUCACGAAAUUUGUAGGGAAGCUCAGGUGGCGCUUCGUUCACAGGAUAAACGGAUGAAGGUAGGCGUUACACCUAAGCAAAUUGCCGGUAUCAUGGGGAGAAAGUUCAAUAGGCGUUGCUUUCUGAAAGGAGUAAUUCGUGGGGUCUUGCCGUCAAUAGCUGAUAUAGUCGUUGUUCCACUCGAGGAGCCCUCACCUCCGGGAUUUGAAGAGCUGUGGGGAUCGCAGGAGGAAAGGUUCGAUGAUCUAAUUGCAAUGAUGAGGGUCUUUCAGUAUCGUACGACAUUGGUGGCGAGACAUCCAACGAACUCAGAGAUGGUCGGACUCUUGCACACUAUCUGCGAUCGGGUAUGGGAGAGCUUUGGGAGAAUCAAGUUGAUAAUCGAGGGGGUGUCUGAUGAGGAGAUUGUGCGACAAAUUGUGGAGAGAUCGAGGAGGAGCAAUGAGACACCCUUCAUCACGGCGGAGGAGAUCUUUGGGGCUUUGGAGAAGUCAAGGAUGGUCUCUGCCCUGCCUGUACGUCGGUCGAAUAGUUCGAUGAUGGUGCGGGUGAAGAAGAAGGGCACAAGAAAGAAGAAGAAGGGCACAAGAAAGAAGAAGGAGGGCACAAGAAAGAAGAAGAAGGGGAAACGUAACAAAAAAGGCAAAACGAUUGGAGGUGGAAAGAGUUCUAGUGGCGCAGGUAUCACUCAUUCCAUCGAUGGAGCUAUCCCAUCAACUUCUAGUGGCGUAGGAUCCCAUCAACAAGUGGAUCCACCCCAACCGUUCCUCAUCCCUCAAGUUUUCCGAAAAUCCCGAAAAGUCCCUCCUAACCCAAAAUCCAAGACUCUCCCGCGUCCUAGGCCCCAGUCACAUCACUCCUCUGUCCCCCCUCCUCCUCCUCCUACCCAGCCCCCUCUUCCUCCCACCCAGCCCCCUCUUCCUCCUACCCCACCCCCUCCUCCUCCUCCUCCUAGCCAGCCCCCUCUUCCUCCUUCUCCUCCUCCUCCUCCUCCACCACCUCCUACUCCUCCUCCUCCUACCCAACCCCCUCUUCCUCCUUCUCCUCCUCCUCCGCCACCUCCUCCACCACCUCCUACUCCUCCUCCUCCUCCUCCUACCCAACCCCCUCUUCCUCCUUCUCCUCCUCCGCCACCUCCUCCACCUCCUCCUACUCCUCCUCCUCCUACCCAGUCGAAACCCCCUCCCCCUCCUCCCACCCAACCCGAACCGACCCCGCCGACCCCUGCUCUUAUUCCCCAAGCUCCCCAAAUCAACCCCUCACAUUCUCAACUCCCCGAGCGACCUUCAAAUCCAACACCUUCCCCUCUACCGCCUAUCCCGUAUGCACCCCCACCGCCCCCUCCCGACGAAGACUCAAAUCUCCCAGCAUAUUCCCAGGAUAAUGCCAUGGCCGAGAUGCAAGGAGAUAGUCACUCCACUUCUCAAAAUAAUAUUGAACCAUCUCCCCAGGAUAUACCCAAACAAGAUUCCUCCGGCUACACAGAAUUAUUUUUUCCAACGAAUCCACUCAAUCCUGUUGGUAUUCUCUACCAAAGUCCCUUCAAGCCUCCUCCACCAGAAUACGUGAAAUGUGCCACUGGCAAGUGCCAACACAAUAAGUGCCCAACAUACCGUGAGGUGUUGAUAAUCACAGACUUGUUGAAGCAGCAUAGACAGGCAGUUCAGCAGGAAAAUCAAUCAAUGAGUAAUGCAACAACUUCAGGUUCUGCCGAACAAUUGCUGACGGAUAUAACAGAUUUAAAAAUCGUGGGACACAUGCCAGAACUAAUUCCCCUGGGACAGAUGCCAGAAACUGAGUCAUCUGCUGAUGAGCGAGAACGACCUGUAUAUAUGGCUACUUAUAGAGAACGACCUCCUGCUGAUUUUGGACAACAGCAGCGACAGCAGCAGUUUAAUCUUCUAAAUGAAUCCCAGCUACAGGAAUUGUUCCAGGUACAGCCUUACGGAAGUGAGCAAUCUCGUAGUACCGCCCAGACUCCACAGCAUCCAACUCCUCAGGUUGAUAUUUCAAUCAGUGAGAAUGAGCUGCAGGGAACUGAACAGCCUCCGAAUUCGAUUCCGCGGCUUCCCCCUUACCCUUCCGAUCCGGUGCCCCCGACGCAGGUGGGGCUUCAACUACCUAUGAAGGAUACACCGCUUCAUCCGCCUCAAUUACCCCAGGUUCCACCCCCCGAGCAGAAUUAUUUAAGGCCAAUGGUUCCUCCAUCAAACAACUGCGAUGACAACUCAAAGUGCCGGAAUUCUCCAGCGUCGGGUCCAGCAAAUCCCAUCACGAUUAAAACCGAAAACAACCAUCAGAUGGUAGGUCCUAAGAUGCCUGUGCUCGAGAGAGCUCCGGCUCCUGGAGUUCCAGCCAAAGGUGGACAUCAGCCGAUGUCGAGUCCACAUGAUCGACUGCUUCAAUCGAACGAUUCUUCAUCAGUACAACAGCAACUACUUCCUGAGCAGAAUCGUCGUGAGUCACUAAUUCGGAUGCCUUCUCCGAGUUCAAUUCACCCCCCAAUUCAACCGAGUGCUCCAGUUCAAAGGAAUUCAGCAACAGGAUCCAUCACAACGGUGAAACUCGAACUUAAAACUCAGAUGGACCCGCCAUCAUUUCAGAGAAUUCCAGUGAGUGGACCUCCAGUUCCCAUGACUGGAAUUCCUACUGCAGCUGAUGCUGCAGUAAAAUCGUCAUUUCCAAGUCACCAGGUUCCGGGUAGCUCGCUAAGCAUUACCAGAAUGCCUCCAGUAUUGAGUGCACCGAUAAAUGGUCCUCCGAUGCCGCCUCCACAAUCAGAGAGAAUUCCACUUUCCGGAGCUCCGGUCCCACGUAUAAAUCAGUCUGGAGAGGAUCGUCGAUUGGAGGCUUCAGGGGCAGGGAAUUCCGGGCAAGUUCUGCCAUCAUUUGGACAGAUUAGAGAUACAGAAAUGGGAAGGCCAAUGCCAGGGUUGAAUUGCCAAAGAAUGCCGCUAAAUAGUCAUCAAACUGGUAGUCAUAGUUCCCUAACCAUCACAGCUAUCACUCCAGAAUUUAAACCACCAAUAAACGGUCCCCCGAUGCCUCCUCUACCAUCACAGAGAAUUCCACUUUCCGGAAUUCCUGUCUCACAUAUAAAUCAGCCUGGAGUCAAUCGUCAAUUGGAGUCCACAUUGGUAGGGAAUUCUCCAGGAGUUCAAGUAUCAAUGGGACAGAUUAUGAAUACAGAAAUGGGAAGGCCAAUGCCAGCGUUAAAUUCCCAAAGAAUGCCGUUAAAUAGCCAUCAAACUGGUAGUCAUAGUUCCCUAACCAUCACAGCUAUCACUCCAGAAUUUAAACCACCAAUAAACGGUCCCCCGAUGCCGCCUCCACCAUCAGAGAGAAUUCCACUAUCCAGAGCUCCGGUCUCACGUAAAAAUCAGCCUAGACAGGAUCGUCGAUUGAAGUCUUCAGGGGCAAGGAAUUCCGGACAAGUUCCGCCAUCAUUUGGACAGAUGAGAAAGACAGAAAUGAGAUGGUCAAUGCCAGAGUUGAAUUCCCAAGGAAUGCCGCCAAAUAGUCAUCAAACUGGUAGUCAUGGUUUCCCCGCCAUCACAGCUAUCCCUCCAGGAGUUAGAGCACCGAUAAAUGGUCCUCUGAUGCAGCCUCUACCAUUAGCGAGAAUUCCACAUUCUGGAGCUCCGGUCACACAUAUAAAUCAGCCUGGACACAAUCAUCGAUUGGAGUGCUCAUGGGCAGGAAAUUCCCAAGAAGUUCCGCCAUCAUUUGGACAGAUGAAAAAUACAGAAAGGAGAUGGUCAAUGCCAGGGUUGAAUUCCCAAGGAAUGCCGCCAAAUAGUCAUCAAAAUGGUAGCCAUAGUUCCCCAGCCAUGACAGCUGUCCCUCCAGGAGUUAGAGCACCGAUAUAUGGUCCUACAAUGCCGCCUCUACCAUCACAGAUAAUUCCAUUUUCUGGAAUUCCGGUCACACAUAUAAAUCAGCCUGGAGUCAAUCGUCAAUUGGAGUCUUCAUGGGCAGGAAAUUUCCAACAAGUUCCGUCACCAUUUGGACCGAUGAGAAAUACAGAAAUGGAAUGGCCAAUGCCAGGGUUGAAUUGCCAAAGAAUGCCGCUAAAUAGUUAUCAAACUGGUAGACAUAGUUCCACAGCUAUCACAGCUAUUCCUCCAGAAUUUAGACCACCAAUGAACGGUCCCCCGAUGCCUCCUCUACCAUCACAGAGAAUGCCACUUUCCGGAAUUCCGGUCUCACAUAUAAAUCAGCCUGGAGUCAAUCGUCAAUUGGAGUUCACAUCGGUAGGGAAUUCUCCAGGAGUUCAAGUAUCAAUGGGACAGAUUAUGAAUACAGGAGUUUCAAACUCAUUUUCAGGGUUGAACUCUCAACAAAUGCCGCCGACUAGUUAUCAAACUGGAGGAAUCGGGGGGCCCAGAGCUCCGGCAGACCCGCGAUUUUUUCUAAAUAACAAUUCCUGUGGAAUUCCGGGUGUAUUUUAUCCUACAAGAUGUAGCGUGCCUCUUCCCGUAAUGAAUUCCCAUAGAAUCUCAAUGGAGGAACAACCCCAGACUGGAAGGACAAAUGUUCCAAGACCUUCAUCACUCCAUUGUGGAACUUCAGGAACAAUUGGCCAUCAAUUGCGAGGAAGUACAACUGCACCUCCAUCUACAGGAGCUGUCGCAGUGUCGAGAUCUCUAAACAUAUAUUCCUAUGGAAUUCCGCCGGGAUCUCACGCUGGACAAUUUAGCGUGCCCACAUUGCCCUCACAGAUGAAUUCCCCUGUAACUCCUUCACGCAGAAGACGAACUGCAGCCAGGAGCAACACAAGAUCCUCUUCGGGAAUUCCAGUAACGACAAUUUGUCCUGAAGCCUUAGGAGCACCAACAUCAAUGUCUCCCAGUAUUUUACCACAAGGAACUUCAUGUGCAAUAUCUAUCACAAAAAAUCCACAAUUUCUCAUGCCCCCUCCUGAACGCAGUUCAGAAUUGACACCUGCGGUGAAUUCUCAUGAAAUUCCAGUGCGUCCUGAAAGCAACUCGACAGUCACUGGAGUCAUAACAUCUUCAGUGAUAAACUCUCAACAAAUUUCCGAACCUAGUCAACAACAACACCCAACUGACCACCAUCCACCCGGAGUUGCUUCAUCUUAUCGAAUGACUGGAGGCUCCAGCUCCCAGUCAGCCACUCACAUGGCCCUAGCAAGCAUGGAGAGAAUUCGAGUGACAGCGAUUAAUGAUUUUAAAAGCACUAUCAUGAACGCUGUCAACGGCAGAACGACUGAAACACCUCAGGGCCAAUCUCCAGGGACAUCUAAACAAGAAGCAACAACACCUGAAGCCACCAAAAUUUCUUCAGAAGCUCCUGGAGUGGCUCAAGAAAGUGCACCAAUCGAUUAUCCGCCCAAGAAAAUUGCAGUUCUCGGGGACGGAACAAUUCUAGUCAAUCUUCUAAACACCAGAAUUCCUCCAGCAACUUCUGGAGUGAUUUCUCAUGGUAAAAACCAUUUUUGCAAUGCGAAAGAGCCAACUCCAGAUUAUGAGAAUUCAUCUGUCGAUCAUCGCGUCGGGGUAAUUCGAACUUCUGGAAUUUCUCCAGCACGUCCAGAGCUUUCUCCGGGCUUCUCCGGGAAACUGUCAUCAAAGCCAUCGAAGCCAGUAAUCAUCAGCGACAUAAAAAUAUCUGCGGUAAAAUCUGAAGUCAUCGAUUCUCCAAAAUCGCCAAUUCAUCGUGGUAGUACUCAACCAGCGGAAAUGCCGAAUUUUGUACAUCUAGUAUGUGAACCUCCUGAUGAUGGGGAACCCCCGAAGUCUAAUGGAGAAACUAGUGGAGGAAUUGCGGGGAAAAUGAUGAACUUGCAGGCCAUCGUUGAUGGUCUUGAGAUUAGCGAUGGUUCGAAGGAACGUCAUUCACUCGUCGAUGAUGAGAUUGAGUGUAAUGGCAUCGCCCAGAAGAUGGGAAUUCAACUGCAGAAUUCCUCCCAACACCUGGAAGAUGUUCCUCUACAGAGCUCUGAAGUCCCUUCUGUGCCGAUGGAUCAGUAUCACGGUAUUGAGGAACCUUUGGAGACGACUGAGCAGGAGGUCGUUGUCGAGGAGACGGGGAUGAACGUGGUGGAGGUCGCCGAGAUUCAGGAAGAGAAACCGCCAAUUUGUAUUGUCUGCAAUACUGAGGUCGCCAUUUGGGCAUGCAGAUAUUGCCUUUUGCCUGUAGUCUGCGGUGACGCUUGCGGAAACCAAUUCGAUCAUUUUCAAUUGUGUGGACGAUCCGCAAUGAAAAGUGAGGAUGAGUGACUUGGAGAUGACGGUCAUACACCAAAGAGAGUGAAUGAGAUUUUGAGUGAGUGGUGUUCAGAUUUGUUUUUUAAAGAUAUCUUGAGAAAUAGGGGGUUUAGGAAGAAAUGGUGUAGGAUAUUUAUUGUGGGGAAUUUAAUUCUGCGGAGAAGUGAUGUUUUGACUUUUUUUGGUAAAAUGAGGGGUUUGAGAGAUGUUUUUAAAAAAUGAGGGGAAGUCAUGAGUACGAAACGCUUUUUUUUUAAUUUUGUAGGUUUAGAUGGGGAAUAUCUUUUGAAUAAAAGGGUUCAGAAGAAAAUCUGACAAAAUAUUUCUUGUCCGAAAUUAAAUGUUCUUUGCAAUUGUCUUAUCGCAUUUUUUAAUACAUCGAUUCGAUUGAGAUAUAUUUUUAAUGUUUGAAUGUGAAUUAAAUUUCUUCAGAAGUUAGUUCAGAUUUAGAACAGAAAUAUCUCGGUAAUCACGUUCUACGAAAAAAAUUGACAAAACCUGUUGUGUGGCUAAUUUAUUUUGGAGCCGUCGAAUUAUUUUGAAAAUCAGUUUUCAACGAAAAAUGUGGCUCCAAAAAGAUUUCUCAAGUUUCAUCUUGAAAAAGUAUAACUGAAAAUGUUGUGGUAGUUUGUUAGAGUUCUGUACUUAGUUAAUUAACGAAUUAAUAAUCCAAAUAUCUCGAAAUUAUUAAGACUUGCGAGGAAUCGCAGACAAAGACGGACAGGUCAUCGCAAUGAUGAUUACUAUUUUUCUAAGUAUUAUUUUUUGUUAGAGCACAAAAAGGGGGUCAGGAAAAUUAAAGAUCAUUGCAUACAGACUUUUUUUUUCACUUCAGCUUGUAGAUUUUUGUUUGUCUGAAAUGUAAAAUUAAAAUAUUUUCCUGCCCCUCAUUGUUGCUAAUAUAUUGGAUGAAAUUAUUUAAUAUGGAGAUAAAUCUCUUGUCCUCAGUUUAAAAAGAGAUUUUCAGUGAGACAACAAUCAAGUCAUCCUCGAUAGUUACCUUUUUAAUGAAAAAAAAAUUAACGAUUUUUCUUUUAUAUCAAUUUUUAUUUAACGAUACGAGUUAAUACUUUUGUACUUUCAUAUGAAAAUUUUUAAAUGUUUAUGAAGUAUGAGCUGUGCAAGUGACGGAGAGAACUUAUAGUAUAAAACGGUUGUAUAGAGAAGGAAUAAAAUAAUAUUUUUGACGCCA